AUGUCCAAAACAGAGCAGUCGGGUCCGGACAGAAAACGUCCUCCGCCCGUUAAGGUGUUGUCCGGGCAGCUGAGGACGGGGUCUGACUGCGGGGACGGAGUUCUUAUCAAGGCGGGCCCGGGUCGGUCUCUGCCGGUGUCUCUGGUGUGGAUGCAGGGGACCGUCAUGGAAGUCCAACCGGACCAGAACACGGUGGUUCUGAUGGACGAGACCGGGACGUUUACGGUUCAGGGAGUCAAAAACAUCCCCAAAGGAAAACCCUGCCUGUCUCCAGGCAAAUAUGUCAUGGUGAUGGGUGUCGUCCAGGCCGUAUCCCCGGAGCCGGUCGUCCGUGCGGUGAAGUUGGCAGACCUCUCGGAGCUGGCGGCGCUUCACAGACGGAUGUGGAAGCUGGAGGUGGAGGAUCUGCAGCAGGUUUUGGCCUGAAUGCUGAACCGCUGGUGGGGAAACGGGCCCGGUCCUGUUGCAGCUGGAAGUCCACGACUGAAGGAAUCCGUGACAAACUCUCAGGACUUAAACGGUAAAUUCAGGCUUAAAUGCUAAGACAAACCCCUGCAGAUACGGAUGUAAAACAUGAAGAUCUGGAGCCACAGACGGUUAAGCAGAGCUGAAAAUGCUCAGUUUAGUUUCAGUUUAAAAUCUGAUGGAAUUUAUGUACAAAUAUAUGGACUUCUUUACCUUAAUUAAAACGUGUUUGUAUGUAUUUUUAAUGAACAGAAGCAGAAAUGUGUAUUUUUUUUUUGUUCAUUUGUAGCAGUUAGGAUGCUCUUAUAAACCUGUUUAAUAAAAAUUAAGCUUUUUUACAUAAUUGGUUUCCUUUAUAAUAGUUUAAAGCAGGAAAAAGCUGAUAAUACAAAUAAUUAUAUUAACUAUAUGGACAAAAGUAUUGGGACACAUUGAAUUCAGGUUUUUUCAUUUCAUUGGAAACAGGCUGGACUAAAAUUAUAUAGUGACAAAAAUCAUACUAUAAUUUUAUAUUGUGACAUGGAUAUUUAU